AUGGUAGUUGAUCUUACAAAACUCGAGCCUGAACAGAUAUUGGAGUUCAAACGCCAGCUCACAACCGAGGUGGACCAUCUACAGACAUCUUUCCAAGCACUCAAAACCGCACAGGCCAAAUACCAAGAAUGUGGAGACAACGUGCGACAGGUCAACAGCAGCAGCAAAAAAGAACUGCUUGUGCCGCUGACAUCGUCGCUAUAUGUUCCAGGAAAGAUCAAGGAAAACGAUAAGUUCUUAAUUGAUGUGGGUACUGGCUACUACAUCGAGAAAGAUACUAAACAGUCGUUGGAGUUUUUCCAAGCCAGACUGACGAAACUGGACGAGGACUCCAAGAAGCUGGAACAACUCAUAAACGAGAAGUCGCAGGUGGUGGAACGCGUGAACGGGAUACUCAGAUCUAAAAUUAUGGAGAGAGAGAAGAAACAGUGA